AUGUCCCUACUGGGGUUCCUCUUCAUGCUACAUCUUCUGUGGCUGCUGGUCAAGGCGGCUCAGCCUCCAGGGUCAGCCCUGGACUCAGUCAAGCUGACCUCCGACCCCCCAGGACCCGCUGAGACCUGGUCUUUGCCCUCCCCCCGUCUCCCACCUGCAUCGCCCCGUGCACUUACACCCCCACCCGACUACCUGGCGUCCUCGGCUCCGGGCCACAUGUUGGCUCGACCUCAGGACAUCACCGAGACUUUGGUUCCACUCCCGGACACGGAUUCAGCUCUAGAGCUGCCCGCAAGGACCGCUCAGUUUGCGCUUCCACUUCCGGAUGUAGAUGGCAACCGAACUCGGCACGAAAAGCUCCCGGAGGCGGGUCCAAUGCUACACUGGCUACAGAAGGAGGCCCUAGCCAUGCCUCCUCAACUCAAAAGUGGGAUUCACACUCCAGGUCUGAAUCAAGCUGAAGAUCACGAUUCAUAUGAAAUACUUGUUCCACCUGUAGAGGACAGUAAGAAUCCAAAACAACCUAAGUUUAUUGUUUCACCCCCAAACCUGAAGAAAGAUCUAGCUCAGCAUCGUCGGCUUGCUAAGGUUGUUGGAAAUUCAGAUCAGUUAGCACCCAAAGCUCUUCAGGACCAAUCCUACGAGUCUGAUCUUCUAGAUCCAAGUCUGGACAUGUUCUAUUCUCCAGACCACCUACCUUUGGAGUCCCUAGACAACCUGGAUCAGCUUCCAGAGCUCCCUGAGGACACUCACAGGUCGGGAGUUUUAACUGGACAACCAAAGCCCAAUGUGGAGGUGGGACAAUCUCAAACCCAACAAGAUGCCCCAGUUCAGCAUCCGGACCCCCCUGGGAAAACAGAACUAUCUCCAGCCCAGCAGGAGGACCCACAUCAUCCUUUGGACACCCCUGAGGAGAAUGAACCUCCUCCUGUCCAGCAGGUGGCCCCAGCACAGCCCUCCAAGACCCCUACAGUCCAGCCAGAGGCCCCAGCUGAACCUCCAGAGCCGCAAAAGGAGGUUGUAGAUCAACCACCAGAACAUCUGGCAGCUCAGCAUUCAAACUUGCCCAUCACACAUAAACAUAUAGAUCUAGAGCUUACCAUAAUUCCAGAAGCCACUAAGGUUGGAACUUCUCCAAUAGAGCAGGAGGCCCCAGCUCAGCUUCCAGAGCCCAUUGAAGAGGGUGAGGCUUCUCCAGUCCAGCAGGAAGGCCAAGCACAACAACCAGAGCCCUCUGAAUAUGCCGACAUUUCACCAAGCCAGCAGGAGGCCCCAGCUCAGCCUCCAAACACUUCUGAGGAGGUUGAACCUUCUGCCAUCCAGCAGGGGGCCUCAGUUCCACUGCCACAGCCUCCAGCUCAUCCUCCAGAGCCUCCUAAGGAGGUUGAACUCUCUCCAAAUCAACAGGGGGAGCAAGCUCAGCCUCCAGAGCUUACUGGGGAGUUGGAGUCAUCUCCAAUCCAGCAGGAGGCACAACCUCACCCUCUAGAACCUCCUGAAGAAGGUAAAUAUCCACCAUUCCAGCAGAAUUCCACAACUGAGCCUACAGAGCACACUGAGGAGCUCAAGCCUCCUCUUGUCCAGCCAGAGACCACAUUACAGCCUUCAGUGCCCUCUAAUGAGGUUGCAGCUCACCAUGAAGUGCAUGAUGAGGUGACAGUUUACCCUCCAGGUCUGCAUCAACCUCAGCAUUUAGAAUUGCCCAAUGUUACUGUUAAGCCUGUGGAUCUAGAGCUUACAAUAACUCCUGUAGCCACUACGGAGGUUGGACCUUCUACAACCCAGCAGGAAGCCCCAGCUCAGCCACCAGUGCCUCCUGGGGAGAGUGAACCUGCCCCCACUAAGGAAGUUGAACCAUCUUCAAUUCAGCAGGAGGCUUCAGCUCAUGCUUCAGAGCCCAUUGAGGAGACUGCACCCUCUCCAAGCCAGCAAGAGGCCCCAGCUCAGCUUCCAGAGCCUCCUGAGAAAGUUGAACAUUCUGCAAAUCAGCAGGCAGCCCAGGCUCAGUCUACAAAGCCCCCAUUGGAGGGUGAGCCUUAUCCAGUGCUUCAGGAGGCCCCAGUUCAGUCUCAAGAGUCUACCAAUGUUGAACCUCCUCCACCCCAACAGGAGUCCCCAAUUCAGCUUCAAGAGCCUGCCACAGAGGGUGUUGUUCAGCCUCCCAUCCUUCAUGAGGUGACAGUUUCUCCCCCAGGUGAAGCUCAGCAUCUACAAUUCUCCAAUGUCACGAUUAAACCAGUGGAUCUGGAGUUUACCAUAACAACAGAGGUGCCAGGUCAGCCUCCAGAGCCCCCUAAGGAGUUUGAACCAUCUCUGUUCCAGCAGGAGGUGCCACCUCAGAUUUCAGAGCCUUCUAAAGAUGUUGAACCUCCACAGGUCCAGCAGCAGUACCCAGCUCCACCUAUAGAACCCUUUGAAGAGGUCAAACCUUCUCCAGUCCAGCUGGAGGCUCCAGCUCAGACCACACAGCACCCUGGGGAGUUUGAAUCUCUUCCAGUACAGCAGGAGACCCCAGUUCAGCCAUCAGAGCCUGCUGUGGAAGGUGUAGCUCAGAGUGAGGCUCAGUAUCCAGUAUUGCCCAGUUCCACCGUUAAACCUGUAGAUCUGGAGCUUACUAUAACCCCGGAGACCACCACAGAGGUUGAACCUUCUGCAGUCCAGCAAGAAGUUGGUGUUGCUCAGCCUCCAGAGCCCCCUAAGGAGUUUGAACCAUCUCCGGUCCAGCAGGAGGUGCAACCUCAGAUUUCAGAGCCCUCUAAAGAUGUUGAACCUUCACAGGUCCAGCAGCAGUUCCCAGCUCCACCUAUAGAACCCUUUGAAGAGGUCAAACCUUCUCCAGUCCAACUGGAGGCUCCAGCUCAGACCACACAGCACCCUGGGGAGUUUGAAUCUCUUCCAGUACAGCAGGAGACCACAGUUCAGCCAUCAGAGCCUGCUAUGGAAGGUGUAGCUCAGAGUGAGGCUCAGUAUCCAGUAUUGCCCAGUUCCACAGUUAAACCUAUAGAUCUGGAGCUUACUAUAACCCCAGAGACCACCACAGAGGUUGAACCUUCUGCAGUCCAGCAAGAAGUUGGCGUUGCUCAGCCUCCAGAGCCCCCUAAGGAGUUUGAACCAUCUCCGGUCCAGCAGGAGGUGCAACCUCAGAUUUCAGAGCCCUCUAAAGAUGUUGAACCUUCACAGGUCCAGCAGCAGUUCCCAGCUCCACCUAUAGAACCCUUUGAAGAGGUCAAACCUUCUCCAGUCCAGCUGGAGGCUCCAGCUCAGACCACACAGCACCCUGGGGAGUUUGAAUCUCUUCCAGUACAGCAGGAGACCCCAGUUCAGCCAUCAGAGCCUGCUGUGGAAGGUGUAGCUCAGAGUGAGGCUCAGUAUCCAGUAUUGCCCAGUUCCACAGUUAAACCUGUAGAUCUGGAGCUUACUGUAACCCCGGAGACCACUACAGAGGUUGAACCUUCUGCAGUCCAGCAAGAAGUUGGCGUUGCUCAGCUUCCAGAGCCCCCUAAGGAGGUUGAACUUUCUCCAGGCCAGCAGGAAGCCCCAGCUCUGCCUCCAGAGACCACUGAGAAGGUAGAACUUUCUCCAGCUCAGGUAACCUUAGUUCUACCUCCAGAACCCUCUAAGGAGGUUGAACCUUCUCCAGUGCAGCAGGAGGCAACAGCUCAGCCUCUAGAGCCUGCUAAGGAGGUGGAACCCUCUUCAGUUCUGCAGGAGGCCCCAGGUCACACUCCAGAGCCCACUGAGAAAGAGGAAGUAUUUCCCAUUAAACAAGUGUCCCCAGCUCAGCCUCCAGAGCCUCCUCAAGAGGUUAUAGUUCAACCUCCAGCAUAUCAUGAGGAGACAGUUCCACCUCCAAAUCAGUAUCAAACUCAGCAUUCAAAUUUGUCCAUUGUCACAGUUAAACCUGUGGACCUGGAGCUUACCAUAACUCCGGAACCAACUACAGAGUUUGAACAAUUUACUGCUCCACAGGAGACAACGGCUCCAUCUCCAGAGCUCCCUGCAGUGACACCUCCACUUCCAGACCAAGUUGAGGCUUAGCCUCCAAACCUGACUGAAGUCACAAUUAAACCUGUGGACCUUGAGCUUACCAUAAGUCCAGAAGCAACUACAGAGAUUGAACAAUUUGUUGCUCUACAGGAGACUACAGCUCCAUUUCCAAAGCUCCCUGAGGUGACAUCUCCACCCCCAAACCAAAUUCAGGCUCAGCAUCCAAACCUGACUGAAGUCACAGUUCAACCUGUGGACCUGGAGCUCACCCUAAGUACAGAACUCAAUACGGAAGUUGGACCUUCAACCAUGCUGGAGAUCACUACUCAGUCUCCAGAGCCACCUAAGGAGGUUAUAGCUCAACUUCCAGUGUAUCAUGAGGUGACAGUUCCACCCCCAAGUCAGGAUCAAGUUCAGCAUUUAAACUUGCCCAAUGUCACACUUAAACCUGUAGAGUUCUACAGUGAACCCACAAUGGAGGUUGAACAUGCUGUUGCUCAGGAGGAGACCACAGCUCCUUCUCCAACACACCCUCAGGUGACACUUCCACCUGCAGACCAGAUUCAGUCUCAGCAUCCAAGCCUGACAGAAAUUACAGUUAAACCUGGGAAUCUGGAGCUUACUGAUACUCCACAACCUAAUGUGGAGGUUGAACCUUCUCCAAUGAAGCAGGUGUCCUCAACUCAGCCUCCAGAGCCUCCUCAGGAGGUUACAGUUCAACCUUCAGAAUAUCAUGAGGAGACAGUUCCACUUACAAGUCAGGAUCAAAUUCAGCAUUCAAACUUGCCUAGUGCCACAAUUAAACCCAUGGACCAGGAGGUCACCAUAACUCCAGAACCCAAUCCGGAGGUUGAACCUUCUCCAACCAAGCAGGAGUCUCCAACUCAGCCUCCAACACCACGUAAGGAAGUUGUAGCUCAAUCUCCAAUACAUCAUGUGGUGACAGUUCCACCUUCAGAUCAGGAUCAAGUUCAGCAUUCAAACUUGCCCAAUGUCACACAUAAACCUGUAAACCUGGAGGUCCCCAUAAUUCCAGAAUUCACAAUGGAGGCUGAACAUUCGACUACGGCUCCAUCUCCAAGGCAGACCAAGGAAACACUUCCACCACCAGAUGAGUUUUGGGAUUUGCAACCAAACCUGACUCAAGUCGUACCUCAACCUUCAGUUAUAGAGCAUUCCAUAACUCAGCCCCCAAGGUCAUCUGAAGCAGGCACUGUUCUUCCAUCUACUCCAUCUUCAGUGAGGCCAUCUGUAAAUUAUCCUCCAGAAAAGGUGCUCACAGGCUUACCUGAGCAACAGCUACAGGCUCUCAGUGCAGAAAAGAUGCACAUGAGUUCAACUGUCCAACGGGAACAGAUGGACUUCCCAGAUUACUCCUCAGAAGAGACACAGAAGGGUUUCCCUUUGCAAGGAGGACAGACUGUCACUGCAGAUUACCCACUAGAAAAGAAGCAGACAGGUUUAACUGUGCAACAGGAACAGUCUCCUGUCACAAGUUACACCCUAAAAAAGGUGCAAAUGAGUUUAACUGCACAUCAGCAAGAGUCUCCUAUUGCAAAUUACACCCCAAAAAAGUCACGUAUGGGUUUAGCUACACGACAGAAACAGAAUGUCACCAAGACCAUCGACAUAUGUGAGCUCUGUACCUGCAAAGAUGAGACACUGUCCUGUUCUGGUCUGAGCCCACGGCAGAGGCUGCAUAGAAUCCCUGUGCCAGAGCCCAGCACCUACAAUGGCACCUUCACCAUCUUAAAUUUUCAAGGAAACUCUAUUUCUCACAUUGAUGAAAAUACAUGGAAGGCAUACCGCUGGACUGAGAAACUAAUUCUCAGUGACAAUUAUUUGAGCGAAUUACAUAAGGAUACAUUUGAAGGCCUGCUAUCCCUCCAAUAUUUAGAUGUAUCCUGCAAUAAAAUACAGUCUAUUGAAAGACGCACAUUUGAACCACUACCUUUUUUGCAGUUUGUAAAUCUUGGUUGCAAUUUACUCACAGAACUCAGCUUUGGAACAUUUCAGGCUUGGCAUGGAAUGCAGUUUUUACACAAGUUCCCUAUAAUUUGCUUCUGCAAGCUUCCUCAGUUGCUUUCAUCAUAAUUGUUCACCACCAGAGGUCCAGGAAACCCUCCUACUAAUCAGAGACCCUGGGAAUGAUGCAGAAAAGUACUCUAACCUAACAAUAAUAAACAACAUUUAUUUAAGACUUACUGGGAACUCAAGUACUUAAAAUGUUCUAUCCUGUUUAAUCUUCACAAUCUUCUAUGAAUUGGUAGUGAUAAAUCUCAGAUGUAUCCAAAAUAAAGUCUCUGUGGCACAUUGUGAUAUUUGUUUGUCUAUUUCUCAUGUCCUGAGGUUCAUUUUGGCACCAGAUAUAAGGCUUUUCAACAUCAGGCCCUUGCCCUUAAUAGAUCCUGAUGCCAAGAACUAGCAAAUUACUACUUUGGUUUCAAUGGACAGUCAAAAAGGAUCACCGAGGUAAACUUUGCAGAUUUUCUUUAACUAACCAGACUCUCAUUU